AUGGUUUCUAUCCUCAAAAGGAUUAUUCACAAUGAUGCGAUGAAAGUUGAUCCACCCGAGAUAUAUGGGUGGAGGGUGUUUGUUUUGACUCUGACCAAGGCAUGCUCCGCCGGGAUGUUGUUCGGAAUGGACACAGGAGUUAUCGGUGGUGUUAUUGUGCUUCCAGCUUUCCAGGCAAAAUACGGCUUUACCGGGCUCUCUCCUUCAGAUUCGGCAACGCUCUCUGCAAAUAUUGUGUCAACCCUACAGCUAGGCUGCUUCGCAGGUGCCUUGGCUGCUUAUCCCGUGGCCGACAAAUGGGGCCGCCGUUUGUCGCUCAUCUUUUUUGCCUUUGUAGGCUUGGUGGGCAUCGUUCUACAGUUUGCCGCCUCUGGCUUCCUGUCUUGCAUGUAUCUCGGAAGGCUUCUGGCCGGUAUUGGUUGUGGCGGUGCCUCCAUGGCCGCGCCUCUCUACGUGUCUGAAAAUGCUCCACGAGCGAUCCGUGGUGCUCUGACGGGUGUCUUCCAAUUUUUUAAUACCUUCGGAGCCAUGCUCGCCUUCUGGAUCGAUUACGGUGUUCAGGCUCACGUCCACGGCGCUCCCUCGUACAUUGUGCCUCUUGCCCUCCAAGGAAUCCCGUGCAUCUUCCUGAUGUUUGGCAUGUUCCUGUUGAGCGAGACGCCGCGCUUCCUCGCCAAGCAGGAUAAAUGGGAGGACGCCAGGGCGGUUCUCGCCAUGCUCAGACAGCUGCCCGCGGACCAUGCCUACGUCGAAGGCGAACUUCAGGACAUAUGCCAGCAGUUGGAAAAUGAACGGCUUCUCAUCGGCGGUGCGGGAUUCUGGAGCCUUCAGCGAGAGAUGUGGACCAUACCCGGCAACCGAAACAGAGCCCUCAUCAGCUUCUCCCUGAUGAUGUGCCAGUGCAUGACGGGCGUAAACUCAAUCAACUACUAUGCACCCGUCAUCUUUGAGAGCGUAGGCAUUACCGGCACGUCAACGGGGCUGUUCGCCACCGGAAUCUACGGCGUCGUCAAGAUGGUAUCCUGCUCCUGCUUCCUGCUCUUCCUCGCCGACUCUUUGGGCAGACGAAAAUCAUUGCUUUGGACGUCGAUUGCCAUGGGGGUGGCCAUGUUCUACAUAGGCCUCUAUAUCCGCAUCUCGCCUCCUGUAAAAGGGGCCCCGAUCGCCCCGGCCGGGUAUGUUGCGUUGGUGUGCAUAUACCUCUUUGCUGUCUUUUUCCAGCUUGGGUGGGGGGCGUCCUGCUGGAUUGUCGUUACGGAGAUCCCGAGCGCCAGGUUGAGGUCGAUGAAUGUGUCGCUCGCGGCUGCAUCGCAGUGGUUGUUCAACUACGUCACGGCCAGGGCAGUUCCGUCGAUGUUGACCAACUUGGGUCGGGAUGGAUAUGGAACUUACAUUUUCUUCGGUUCUCUCUGCUUUACCAUGUGGUUCUUUGUGUUCCUAUGUGUUCCUGAAACUAAAGGUCUCUCUUUGGAGAAGAUGGAUGACCUUUUCGGUGUCACCAAGCUCGUGGACAAGGAGCCGAGAGGAAAGGGCUCUAGAUGA